UCGAACACCUUAUCUACAUAAGCUUAAACACAAACCAAAGGUUAAAACUUUCAAAUCCUUGAGCCAAAAUUCACUCAAACCCCUCUCCAAAUUCUUCAUUACACGAUGCAGAAUCGCUUCUUCAAUGUCACCUUACACCACUAAGCCUCAAAUGUCAGUCCCAAUUCGAGCUCCGAGGUGGGUCUCCUCACGGAGACUCCUGGAAGAAAAGCUUCAAAACCUUCACAAAUGCACCAACCUUAACCACGUUAAACAACUUCACGCACAAAUCAUCAAAAAGGACCUCCACAAUGACUUGUAUAUAGCACCGAAACUCGUUUCUUCUUUGUCCCUUUGCCGCCAAAUGGAGUUGGCUAUUAAGGUUUUUAAUUAUAUUCAAGACCCUAAUGUUCAUUUGUACAAUACUUUGAUAAGGGCUUGUGUGCAAAACUCUAUGAAUGUUCACGCUUUUAGGGUCUUCUUUGAAAUGCAAAAGGUUGGUGUUUUUGCUGAUAAUUUUACGUACCCCUUUCUUUUAAAGGCGUGUAGUGGGCAAAAUUGGUUAAAAGUUGUACAAAUGAUACAUGCCCUGAUAGAGAAAUGUGGGUUUUUGAGUGAUAUUUUUGUGCCCAAUGCGUUAAUUGAUAGUUACUCAAAGUGUGGUGUGGCUGGUGUUAGUGCAGCUAAGAAGUUGUUUAUGGUGCUGGGUGAGAGAGACACCGUGACGUGGAAUUCAAUGAUUUGUGGGUUGGUGAAAAGUGGGGAGUUGAGUGAAGCUCGAAGACUGUUUGAUGAAAUGCCUGAGAGAGAUACGAUUAGUUGGAAUACGAUGUUAGAUGGGUAUACAAAGGCUGGAGAAAUGAACUCAGCGUUUGAAUUGUUUGAAAAAAUGCCAGAGAGAAAUGUUGUUUCGUGGUCGACGAUGAUUUGGGGGUAUAGUAAAGAUGGAGAUAUAGAGACGGCAAAAUUGUUCUUUGAUAGGAUGCCGUUUAAGAACUUGGUUCCUUGGACGAUAAUAAUAUCUGCGUUCGCUGAAAGGGGGAUGAUGAAGGAGGCAAUGAGAUUGUAUGAUGAAAUGGAGGAGUUUGGAUUGAAGCCGGAUGAUGGGACUGUUAUUAGUAUAUUGGCUGCUUGUGCUGAGUCUGGUUUGCUUAAUUUGGGGAUGAAAGUUCAUGCUUCAGUUGAGAGGAAUAUGUUUAAAUAUAGUACGAAUGUGUCCAAUGCAUUAAUUGAUAUGUAUGCAAAGUGUGGUAGCUUAGAUAAGGCUAUGAGUGUCUUUAAUGUGACACCAAAGAAAGAUGUGGUGUCUUGGAAUGCUAUGCUACAAGGACUCGCGAUGCACGGUCAUGGUGAGGAAGCACUGGAGCUUUUCUCAAGGAUGAAACAAGAAGGGUUUGAGCCUGAUAAAAUUACUUUCAUUGGUGUCUUAUGUGCUUGUACACAUGCAGGCUUCAUUGAUGAGGGUGUACGGUAUUUCUAUUCAAUGGAAAGAGAUUAUGGGAUUCUUCCUCAAGUUGAGCAUUAUGGUUGCAUGAUUGACCUUUUGGGUCGGGGUGGACGUCUUAAGGAGGCUUUUAGAGUUGUGCACAGCAUGCCAUUUGAACCAAAUGCUAUUAUUUGGGGUACCCUUUUGGGAGCGUGCCGAAUGCAUAAUGCUGUAGAACUUGCUGAGGAGGCACUUGAUCACCUGGUUAAAUUGGAACCAUCAAAUCCUGGGAAUUACUCCAUGUUGUCAAACAUUUUUGCAGCAGCAGGAGACUGGGACAACGUUUCUAAUGUAAGGCAACUUAUGAGAAGCACUGGAAUUCAAAAGCCAUCGGGGGCUAGUUCUAUUGAAGUGGAUAACGAGGUCCAUGAAUUUACAGUAUACGAUAGAUUGCACCCUAAAUCGGAAAAGAUAUAUGAGAUGAUUGACACAUUGGUCGAAGAUCUUAAUGAGGCCAGUUAUGUCCCAAAGGUACCAGUAGACGUUGGUGAUGGAGUGAUUUGGGACCUAGAAGCUUGGCCUCCAUUAUUGGAAUGGAAAAAGAACAGAGCAAAACAAGAAAGAAAGCGAAGAUAAGAAGAAAGAAGAAAUGAAGAGUUGAAAUAAGUUGAUUGGCGGUAAGAAAUAGAGAAAAGAGAAAGAGGGUUAGGUGGCGCAGAAUUUUUGGAGGGGCCACGGAGAGAGGGUUGGGUUAAGGUGGAGAAAUUGUGGUAGGUGGUUGAAAAAUAUAUGCAGAAAAAUCAACAGACAAAUGGGCACUCUCUUCUCUUCUUUUCUCUUCUCUCCACUACUCUCUUCUUUUGUUUUCAUGGCUUUUUUUCUUUUUUUCGUUCUUUUUAAAUGAGAAAAAAUAGCCUAAAAAUUUAAAGGUUUUAAUUUUUUAAUUUAUGAAAAUUAAUACUUCCCCCCUUGGAAUUGCAAAGAUUCUGAAAGUAAUACUGUAGUUUCUGUCUAUGGGUUUCUGUCAUACUCAUGUUUUGAAUCUCUGUGAUAUCCUCAAUUUGUAUUAUGA